AGAGCGUGGCGAGGUCGCGCAGGCAGGAACAGCUCCGCCUGCCCGCGUUGAGCCCUGCGCCUCCAGACCUUGGGCCAGGCCGCGCGGACCCAAGGCUUACUUCUGCGCGAGCGUGUCCACGCGAAAGCCUCGCAGACGCCCGGACCACUUCGGGACAACGCGCGCAUGCGUAGGGAUGGGCGCGGCUGAGGGUGCGCGCCGCGCGUCCUCGCGUUGCCCCUGGAAACCACCCGGCGCUGCCUCGCUGUGAGGGGGAAAGACGUAGCCGUUCAAGAUGGCGAAGGACUUGGACAAGCUCCUGGAUGAGGUUGAGUCCAAGUUUUGCAGACCAGAGCCACUGAGAGUGGACACGGCUGAGCGGCCCAAAGGCUGCAGCAGCGGCGGCAUUCUCAGCAACGACCGGAACCGAGCCAAGGCGAAAGAGAAUCUCAGCUCUGCAAAUAAUAAAAUAAAUGACCAUGCUGCAUCUGGAUACCAGGAACAACUGCUAAUAAUAUCAACAGAAACAUUUAAAAAAGAAGAUGAUAUUGACAGUCUUAUUAAUGAAAUAUUUGAAGAGCCCAACUUUGAUAUAAAAUCCUUUAAAUUAAAAUCUAAAUCUUCAGGUAACACGUCUGUCAGAGCUUCCAUUCAAGGCCUUGGUAAGAGCUGCAGCCCUGUGUACCUGGGUGGAAGCACUGCCCCGUGUGGCAUUGGAACAAGGACUUCACAGAGAGCAUGUGACCAUCUGCGCUGUACAGCAUGUGAUUUCCGGGUAGAAAGCUAUGACGACUAUAUGUGGGACCAAUCGUGCGAUUACAUGUUUUUCAGGAACAACAUGCCAGAAUUCCACAAAUUAAAAACGAAGUUGGUGAAGAAGAAAGGAUCACGGGCAUACGCCUGCCAGUGCAGCUGGAGAACUGUUGAAGAGCUGAUGGACCUGCAGGCCGAUCAUCAGCUGCGCUGGGUUUGCGGUAAACAUUAGGAGUGAAGACUUUUCAUAGACCAGUGCACCCAUGAGAGCAGCAUCCAUUAAUCAUCAUAACAUUUAGGUAAUGGUACAUGGCAGUAUCAUGCCCUUUGAAAAAAGACAAGAAAUUUCACCUCAUGACUAUAACCAUUUUCAAAGACCAAAUGGACUUAAGAAGAUAAUGUGCUUUAUUUAACAUUUUGGAAUUAGUCCUCUUUUGAUAUAUGGACAUUUCACUGUGUGAGUAAGGUAACAACGUAUCCAAAUCUUCUUUGACAGCCUGUCUCUGUUUAGUGGAGCAGUUUUAGACCAAUUUAUAGCUAUUCAUUAACAACUGCAGUAUUACUGACUGCCAGUACACUUAGCAUAAACAUUCCUCGUAAGGGGAUGAAGCCCCAGUGCAGAGAGUCCAACCAGGGGUAAAGACACCACCUCGUCCAGUCAGCUGCUGCAAAAGAUGCUGAUGCAGAUGUGGCAGAAACUCGGUGAGUAGUGACUGGCUGAAGACAGGUUUGCAGGAGUACGGGUGUACCGCAAAUCAAUACACUGCCUGUAUCUGAUCUUACCUCAACCACUUGAGGUGAUACUAUGUACAGUAAUGAUAAGUAUGUAUUACAGAUUUUAGCUUAUUUCCCAUUUUGUUCAUUUAGGUAUCAAAAGUUAGUUUGUAAUUUUAGCAAAUGUCCAUUUGUAUAUAAAAUUUUUUUUUGAUGCACCUACAAUCACAAGGGAAGAUCCUAAUACAGACGUCAUUUGUUGGCUUUUUCAGUACUUUCUAGCCUUUAAUGCCUAAAACUCUAAUCAAGUAAAGUGAACAGCAAGUAAGAUAUUUUCUCAGGCAACCUGUUGAUUUUUCUGGUAGGAUCAGAUUGACAUACUGUUUGUUAAAUGAGUGUAUGAAGAGAAAUAAACUUAGCUGAAGCAACCUGUUGACUGGUUUUUGACACUGAUAGCCCUGAGACUUGGAGGACCCCACAAACCAGCACAUUCAGGAAAUCAGUUACCUCAGAAUUACCAGCUCCCAGCACCUUCACGAGAUUCUGGGAGCUUCCCAAUCUGCCAAAAGUUCCUUAGUAUGUGUGUCUAGUAUACAGUUCCACUGUGUGACACAAGGCAUGCUGAAAGGCAGCAAUGGAAGCAAAGUCCCAAUCUGCUUAGGCCGAUGCUGAAUCCAGCCACCUAAGCAAAGGAGAAGAAGCUGGUCAUCAAAACCCUUUUCCUAGCCAGGACACAUUUGCACAUUUACUCUAAUAACUCUAGCAUUGCAACAGAACGAAUCUGGUGGCAGAUACAUUUUUGUAUUAAGAAUAUAUUUAUUGAAUAUGUGUUUUGAAGAUCUUAUCUUUCAAUAAAAAUGUUUACUCCCUAAAAUUGUAUUUCACUGCAAUGUAUCCAGAAACAGAAGGAUUUGGAUUGAAGUCACUUGUUUCCUAAAAAUAGCACAGCAACAAAAUCCACACACUCUGAACCCCGUGGAAUUUGGCACAUGGUCAUAUGGUGAUGUUUGCUCUUCAUUCAAAUGAACAAAUUUACUGAAUUAUUAAUUUGAAUAUAUUUAUUAUUUCAUCAUAACUAUUCUAUAACUUGGAUACAUUGCCCAUGUUUGGCACUUUAUAACACAGUAAUUGUAAUAAUUCCCAAUGUCAGAAAUGUAUAUAUGACUUCACAUUUUUGUUGGCAGUUUACCUUAUAAGCUUUUUAAUAUUGUACAAUUUCUAAUCUAAAAUACAGAAAGAAUAUUCUGUUUGUACACAGAGGAAUAAAUUAUUAUCAGUCAUAAUUUAAGCCAAAACGCAAUUACUUUAGUAUCAAUGUAGGAGAAAAGCAUAGUUUCUGAUGAACUAUAAUUUUAAAAUGCAAAAUCUAUAAAACUUAUGUUUUACCCAUUUGUUUUCAAUGUUUGUAAUAAUUUUCUGCCUUUAGCGAGUAUCUAUUUUUUGUCAAGCCAGGUACUACUCUAUUUGAACUGUAUUAUAUUCUCUGCCCUUAUCCUACCUUGAAAUGAAAUAAUAAAGAGCUUUAUUCUGUA